CCGGCCCGCCCCGCCCAUCUUGGAAUCCAUAGGUAUGGUGCAAGCAUCAUACCGGCACGAAGAGUCGACGGGAUAGCCGGACGAAGUGCAUUUAGGACCUGAGCAAACGGGUUUUACGAGCUUGGCCUCAAAAUUGAACAACUCAGCAACUCAUCCGCCAAUACAGCGAUGUUGUCCCGGAGCGAGUUCCCCAGGUUUUCUGGCAAAGUGGCUGGAUUUAGAAGUGUUCUUCCAGGUUUACAAGAAUACAUCCGACGAGCUGAAAGUCAGACUAGCCUCAAUUCACAUAGAAGGUGAUGCUCUGGGUUGGCAUAAGAUGUAGUGCGGCAAAAGGAGGAGACCGGAGAUUGAGGAAGAUGGCUUUUUUCGGUUUUUGGCAGGCGGCGCCAGGGUGGGGAAGAAGAUCGGGCAGGCGGUUGAGGAAGAUAGGGUGGGGGCGGCGUGCGGCGGAGGGGGGAUGCGGGAGAUUGGUGUAGACGCAUUACCCGACCCGACUCCCACCCGAACCGUCCGAGCCAUACUACCCGACCCGACUCGACACUCCGAGCGGGCUGUGCGCUUAACAACAUAUACAAUCCGCUUCUCAUCCAUCUUAUCUAAUUUCCACCAAGAAAAAAGGAUAUAUAUUGAGACUCAUUUCUCCCCAUAAAAAAGCACGGGAAGAUAUCAGCAAUGGCUACCACACCAUGCAUAGAUCUUUGUAACAACAGUAUAUUUUGCAAAAAUAGGCCCAUUUCUAUUAUGGGUUCAUCAGCUUUUCCAUUGCGACAAUCCAGAAAGCGACGGGCUCAGUGCUUCUUGAAAGAAAGGAAUUAUUCUCGAAAAUUUAUCACACAAGGAGCUAUUCCUUUCCUGAAGAGAACUUCGUUUUCUUCAAUAUCGAAGACAUCAGUAUCUACAAUUACCAGAUGCAGCAACUCCCCGAACUUAGGUGGGGAUAGAGAUGAACCCUCGAACCAGGAGAAGACACCUUUUGGAUAUACAAGGAAGGAUGUUUUACUAAUUGGACUUGGUGUUACUGUUGCUGGUAUUGGUUUGGAAAGUGGAUUGGAGUAUCUUGGAGUUGAUCCAUUACAGGCUGGGAAUGUCGUUCAGUUGGUCCUGGUUUUAGGUCUGACUGUAGGAUGGAUUUCAACAUAUAUCUUCAGAGUCUCAAAUAAGGAAAUGACAUAUGCCCAACAGUUACGUGACUAUGAAGUCAAAGUCAUGGAGAAAAGAUUGGAAAGCUUAACAGAAGCCGAGAUAGAAGCCUUGCUUGAGCAGGUUGAGGAAGAGAAAAGACGUUUGGCUGGUGGCGAGCAAAUGAAAUGAUGGUUUCUUGAAGUCUUUAAUGCACUUCAAAAUAGUCGAGAAAGAUGAUGAAGUACUCUCAACGUAUCAUUCCUGUACAAAGUCAUCAUGAUGCAGCAAUAGCUGAUAGCACCAGUGAUAGAUUUCUAGACGUAAACUACAUACAAGUACAUGUAGGGUGAAGAAUUCGGAAAAUGGGUUAAUAUUAUGUUAGCGUUCUUGACGUAUAAACAGAUCUAUAGCAUAAUUCACUUAUAAAAAUGAAGAGGAAGUAUAUAGAUGAACUGGUUGCUCAUUCAAUACUUCUCUCCCCAGUUUCAUUUGCCCUUUUCUGGUCAUUCUGAGGUGAGGAGACAUUAUUAGCUCUAAUUGCAGCUCGUUUUGUACAUUCUGUGUAUGCAAAAACUGUAGCCAAUUCCUAUAAUUACUCAGUGUUGUAAGUUUUGUUGCUCUGCACAAGAAAAUAUUCUUUGUUUUUGCCAUGAUUA